AGCUGUUCAAGCGAAUGUCAUUUGAGAAGAGCGUCCGAAGCAAAACCUUAAGAAAAUAAAUAAAAGUGCUGCUAGGCAAAAAUAAACAAAAUAUUACCAAAAUGGAUAUAAUAAAAGCUGAAAUCGCUAGAAAGCGAAAAUUGCUUGAGGAAAAACAGCUUGUGGAUGACAAAAAGAAGUAUUUCAAACGGGGUGAACUUAUUGCCAAGAAUACAGAAGAAAUACUGCAAAAGGUGGGUUACAAGAAACAAGAAAGCCGCGAGGAGGACCAAGCACCAGAAGGGCACUAUAGCUACGACUCGGAAGGGCAAAACAUUCUCCCGCGCUCUGAAGUUAUACGGCGUUUGCGAGAACGUGGCGAACCUAUACUUAUUUUCGGCGAAACGGAAGCCGAUGCAUUUCACCGCUUGCGGCAAUGUGAAAUCUCACAACCAGAGUCGAAUCGUGGAUUUCGCAAUGACUUCCAAGAAGCCAUGGAACAAGUAGAUCAAGCAUAUUUGCAGGAGAUGUUUGCCAAUGCACCCACGGCUAAAGAAGAGCAAAAGUCGGAAUUGGCCGAAUUGGAUGAAACUGUGACGUGGGACAGCAUAAAAGAGAGCGCCAUCAAGAUGGGUCGAGGCAACAAAGAGUACGACAUGGAUGUUAUUAUAACUUUAUUGACGUUUUUGUUAAAAAUGUGGAAUGACCAAAUUGCCACUUAUUCGAAACAGGAAAAAAUGUCUACUAAAACAAAAAUGGCGCGUGUGAUUUUUACUCAAACACGCGAGUAUGUGAAGCCUUUAUUCCGCAAAUUAAAACAUCACACCUUGCCGGAAGAUAUAUUGGAUAGUUUGCGUGACAUUUGUAAACGUCUACUCAAUCGUGAUUAUAUCACAGCUAGUGAUGCUUAUUUGGAAAUGGCCAUAGGCAAUGCACCCUGGCCAAUUGGUGUAACUAUGGUGGGUAUACACGCACGUACUGGACGUGAAAAGAUUUUCUCUAAAAACGUCGCACAUGUAAUGAACGACGAAACGCAACGAAAGUACAUACAAGGUCUGAAACGACUGAUGACCAAAUGUCAAGAAUACUUCCCGACUGAUCCCUCGAAAUGUGUAGAGUAUGUCAGCAAAAAGGAUCGCUUUUAAUGACUUGGAAUGAUUUCAAUAAAGUUUUUUUUUUUAUUUAAUUAUCUAAUAAGAAUGAUUAGUUGAAAUUGUGAAUAUUCUCCUUUUUUAAAUAAAGUUAUAAAUAUGUCCGA